UUUGACAUAGUUGGGGACGGGACUUUAAGACAUCCAGCAGCUGAUUGGUCAUCAAGAAGAAUGUCCCCUCGGCCAAAGGGUGGGAGCUCCACUUUGGAGCAGGGGGAGCUACAGCCUAUUAAAGAGGAAGAGAAGCCAGAGCCCACCCACAUUAAAGAAGAAGAGGCGGAGCCACAGCCACACUAUGUUAAAGUGGAAGAGGAGGAGCCACAGCCCAUCCACAUUAAAGAGGAAGAGGUGGACCCACAGCCCCCCUAUGUUAAAGAGGAAGAGGAGGAACUCUCCAUCACUCAGGAAGGAGAGCAUCUUCUAGGGCCAGAGGAGGCUACUCUCGCCAAGUUGCCACUGACUGGUGUCUCUGUGAAGACCGAAGACCAUGAAGGCAAACCACCUGAUUCCUCACAGCUUCUUCAUCGUCCAAGUGAGGAGAUGAGAGAGGCGGAGCCUUCAUGCAGCAGCUCACUGCAACACAUGACAACAGAAGCUGAUGGAGACCACUGUGGAGGAUCACAAGCAGACAACCUCUUAGCUCCACUGUCAGAUAGUGACGACAUAACGUCACACUCUCCUGAAGAUGAAGACAGCGACUACAACCAAGAAUCUCUGAGCAGCGAUACAGACUGUGAAGAUGAUAUGACGACUCUCACUGGCAACAAACACGCUGACAGCUCUAAAAAGACCAGUAAACAUUUUAACUGCUCAGUUGGUGAUAAAAGAUUUUCUCGUAAGAGUCAUUUGGCUCAACACAUGAGAACACACACGGGAGAAAAAAGUUUUAGUUGCUCAGACUGUGGUAAACUCUUCACUCAAAAGUCAGACAUGCAAAGACACAUGAGAACACACACAGGAGAAAAACCUUUUAGUUGCUCAUACUGUGGUAAACGCUUCACUCAAAAGACUAGCAUGCAUUUACACAUGAGAACGCACACAGGAGAAAAACCUUUCAGUUGCUCAGACUGUGGUAAAUGCUUCACUCGAAAGACAGUCAUGCAAAGACACAUGAGAACGCACACAGGAGAAAAACCUUUUAGUUGCUCAGACUGUGGUAAACGCUUCACUCAAAAGACACACAUGAAAUCCCACAUGAGAACACACACAGGAGAAAAACCUUUUAGUUGCUCAGACUGCGGUAAAUACUUCCAUCGGAAGUCAAGCAUGGAUGCACACAUGAGAACGCACACAGGAGAAAAACCUUUUAGUUGCUCGGACUGUGGUAAACACUUUAAUCGGAAGACAAGCAUGAAAGCACACAUGAGAAUACACACAGGAGAAAAACCAUUUAGUUGCUCAAAAUGUGGUGACACAUUUUCCUGGAAGUCCUCUUUGAGAAAACACAUGCAGAGUGACUGUUUGACUCGCCUGACUUCCAUGCAGUCGCUCAGUUACCAUUGUGUUGUAAUAUCCUUUGCACGUGUCUUUGUUCAAUAAAUACAUCUUAUUUGCCACACAGUCAGGAGAUCUGGACGAUCAGGGUUUGAAUCUGUUGAGCAUCUCUGUGUGGAGUUGGGAUGUUCUCCCCAUGCGUGCGUAGGUUUUCUCCGGGCACUCCGGUUUCUAUCCAAAAGCAUGCACGGUAAUUUACUAAUCUAAAUUGUCGAUAGGUAUGCAUGUCAGUGUGAAUGAUUGUUUGUGUCUCCGUGCCCUGCGAUUGACUGGCGACCAGUUCAGGGUGUACCCUGUCUCUUCCCCGAAAGUCUGCUGUGAUAGGCUCCAGCGUACUCCCACGACACCAGUGGGGAUAAGCGGCAUAGAAGAUGGAGUUCUUAUGAUUCACUCAUUGGGGUACGGACCGCUUUCAGGAGGCCUUUGAAGGAUGAGUGUGAUUUUGCUCAAACGAUUGUUAGUAAUAAAAGGGAAUCAUAUCAUUUUACUGAUAUUGUUGGGAACAUUUCAUCAAUAUGUAUUACAAGUGUAUUGAUGCAAGUAUUUUUUAUUUUCCAAAAUUUCAAGUAUUCUGAUUAUAAUUGUGAUAAAGAAAGUACAGGAAAAACUAUUACAUUUUACUGAAACAUUUAAUGAAAAAAUACAUUAUCAGUGUCAAUAUCUGCGAUACUGGCUCUGUCCUGAUUGGGUAUCACAUUCAUUGUUUGAUGCUGUAUUUUAUUGUGAACAUUGAAUGCAACACCUAAUAAAGUAUGGGUUUCUAGUGUAUCUGUUCCAGCCUAAAUUGUAUGUCUGCUUUGCUGUAGUUUUCACUACUAGUUUCUGUCGGUAGAGGGCACUCUACCGGGCGUAACCGGAAGGAAGCAACAGUAUUGGCCCAUUGUGGAGGGAAAUGUUUUUUUGCUCGAUUGUAUAGAUUUUAACAAGUUUGAGCACUGGGAUUGUAAUCAAUGAGAUUUUAAUGCAUUGUCAAUAAAACUAAGUCAAGUAUAUGUCUGGAGGUCUGUGAUUGACUUUACAGCAUCCCAAUAAGCAGUGACGUGCUGUGAGGUUCAAUGGCUGGUGAUGCACUCGCUCCUUUUGAGACCAUGUAAAAAAAACUAAAAAAACAGUAAAUUUUACAGGUUUAAAUAUGAAAAAAGGAUGUGGCAUUUACUAUAACCAGAUGCACAAUA